CGCUCACUGCCCUGCAUCCUUUUGUUUCUUCUCUCACAUAUCUUUCAGCAUUACACAUGUCUGUUCGAGACACGUAAUCUUAGAGCAUUGUCACGCUGGUCUGAUCAUGCGCAUGCAAUUCACACUACUGUUUCGAAACAAGUUGCACUGUACGUUUGCGCCUGCACCGCUCCUGCCUAAGUCAUCAACCGCAGCAUCUUGAUAGCCUGCUAUAGGCUACUUCAGCCCUGCUAUCAAGCUGCGCUGAAGCUCACGCAUUACUAUUCACAUUCUAGCCCACGACUUCCCAAAACACGACUAUCCCGACCAUAUUUGAUCAGUCGCAAGCGACGUCCAUCCUCCAAUGACUUCACAACCUGCCGCUAAAGGCUGGGACUUUGGCUCGGUCUUCGAUCUCAUCGACUCUUCUGACGUACACGAUGUUGGCUCUCCUAAGCUCGAGAAUCGCACACCCAUCGUAAAACCAAGCUUUGCACCGCCCGAUGGCGGGAUUCGGCUAGGCAGCUUCGUGAAGCUGUUCGAAGACCUUGGCAUAGCAGAUGAUUUGCCGCUACCUCCGCUUUCGUUGUCGCCCUCAGGCCCGGAGUCCUCGGGCGUUAGCAAUGCAGGCGAUGUGCUCCUACCAUCCCCGCGCUUUGAAUACAACGCAAAUCUAUCAGAGCCUACUACAGGCACAGAUGACACGCAAGCUGUGUUGACCAAGAAGCAACGCAAGCGGGCUCGACAGCAGGCCGAGAAGGAGCAGCAGCAGAAAUUAGAAGAAGAGAAGAUACAAGUACAGAAGCAUCAGACGAAGGGACCAUUCAGGGAAGCCCAGCGCAAGCAGCUGCAGAAGCAGAUUGAGAGCAUCUUCGGAGCUAGGCCUGCCACUGUGGCCACCGCUGCACCUAUCUUACUGCCUGGAACUGUCGACGUCGAGCAGACCCCGUCGAAGAAGCCCAGAAGUCGCUCCUCCUCAAAGGAGCUGCGUUCUGAGUCCCCCACAAAGUCAGCCUCAACCAAAUAUCCCACGAAAGCACCUCAACCUGCGUCUCCCGUAAAGCAGCUUCGACCUCAGUCACGGCCCAAUGUGGGAGCCAAGGUUAGGCCUGCCACUCUUGUUCCUGUUGUCGAGCCGGUUCCUGUCAUCUCGCCGCAAAAGAAGGAUCCACAGACACCAGCUCCUGGUAAGUCGCAGCGCCCUGCCGUCGAGCAGCGCGUAAACUCUGCGCAGAUUGCGACACCACAAUUGCAGCCUGCCUCGACUGAACCGCGAACCACACGACCUGUUACACCUACUGCCCUUGAGUAUGGCGCUAGCCAUGGUCUUGUACCGCGGACUGUUCGCCCUACCACAGUUUCACGAUCAUCGCAGCCGGCUGUAGUCGCGCAACCUUCAACACCGACGCCAGCACCUGUUACGGGCCCCACGCCUGCACGAACUUUUACUACACCUUACAAGGCUCUUGAGUCGAUUACGAUCAGACCUUCAGUCGAGCGACACAUCCAUUUUCACACUAAGCUCCUCGACACGUUCCCUGGUGACGCUAAAUAUAUUGUUGCUCCCAGACAGCUGGUCAACGAGAAGACCAUGGCUGAGGGUAUACACAUCUUCGUCGAUGCCUCAAAUAUCAUGAUCGGAUUCAAGGAUCUUUUGCGCAAGUACGGUGUACGCCAAUACGACAUGGCUUUCGACAGCCUCGCACUCCUUCUCGAGCGCCGUCGACCAGUCGCAAAGCGUGUCUUCGCCGGCUCUCACCGCGAAGCCAACCCUCUCCCCCAAAUCAAGAAGCUUGUCGAGACCUCCAAGGCGGUAGGCUACGAAAGCAUCCUACAAGAACAAGUCUUCAUCAGCCGUGAUGACUCGGAGAAGAAGAAAUUCUUCGACGACGUCAAAAGGCUAGGCUGGCACAAGGCGCAGCAACUCCGCUCUGGCAGUGGCAGCGACUCUGAAACGGGCCCUGCUGCUCCCAAGACCCCUUCCGCCCCGAGAUGGGUGGAGCAGGGUGUCGACGAGAUUCUCCAUUUAAAGAUGUGCCAGAGCAUCAUUGAUACCGAUGUGCCCAGCACCAUGGUGCUUGCGACGGGUGACGGCAACGUGGCGGAGAUGUCAGAUGGUUUCUUGGCGCACGUGGAAAGGGCGCUCAAACGUGGGUGGAAGGUUGAGUUGAUCAGCUGGAGACAGCAGACCAACGGUGGGUAUAGGAAUAAGAAGUUCAGGCUGAAGUGGGGUCAGCAGUUUAAGAUCAUCGAGCUGGACGAAUUUGUGGAGGAUCUGAUUGACACUGUCUAGACGAAGAUUUUUUUAUUGGGAUAUUGCUGUAUUCAGCGUUGAUGAAGCAUGGUCGGCGUUUAAUUGUUGUUUCGAUGUACUUCGGUGCCGGUUCGCAUUUGAGCAUAGCAUGCAUACGGCAUCAUGAUGGAUGCCCUUCAUAACAGCAAUAGCUUUAGCAUUACUUCCACGAAUCGCA